CUCAGGACCUCUGGAAGAGCAGUCAGUGCUCCUAACCUCUGAGCCAUCUCUCCAGCCCCCUCAUCUUUAUUUUGAGUAUAUACACUACUUGCUCAAGGCAACAUAGAUGUCUGAAGUUUGCAAGAACGUUCCGAAGGCCUGUCUCAUCACCAUCAUGACGGUGUCCUCAAAGGGUCUUCUUACCCACAUUUCCCAGUUCUGGAGUAUGCUCGAUGAUUUGGCUGAAAAUGACCCUGAGCGCUACCGGAACUUCAUUCAGCAGGAGUUAAAAGAUGGCAAGCAGCUCUGUGUCAACCCAGAACCUCAACUUUGCAUACAGACCAAGAUCCUAAAACCAAAAGAAAAAGUACUUUUUAUCAACCUAUGUCAAUGGGAAAGGAUCCCCGCUCCACAGUCAGCCACUCAUCCUGUACCUAUAAGUGUUGGCAGACCAGAAGACUCCGUUGAGGCAUCAGAUGCUUAUACCAUCAUUGAUGUGGCCUACAAUCCUGGUGUUCUGCAAGCGGCAGAAAAAGACCAAGGGAUCAAAGAUCAGUUAAUAAGAAUGGCCAUGCUGUGCAUCGAGGAGCGACUCCAGUUCACACUUGGACAUUCCUACCGUUUUACUAGUUUUAGACUGAAAGGAAGCAUCCAGAGAAUGAAAGAAAGUCUGAUGGGCAUUAAAACUGACUUCCCAGACUUCAAAGCGAUGACGAGAACAGAAAAUACUCUUGCGAGGAUCAGAAGCAGCACUGUGAGUGAACCUGAUCACCUCCCUGAGGUGCUAUUGACAAAAAAGCAAGCGUCGGCCAAAGGACGAUGUCUUAUAGAAGAGAUUUCUAGCUCGGAAAUCCAGGUGGGGGUUAAGAAACCUGCCUACGAGUUAAAGGUUGUAAAGGAUCAGAACGAGAAACCUCUGAAAAUUGAGCUGAAAGUCGAGUUACCUGGGAUUAAGUCAGCCUCUCUCUGUGAACUUAGUGUUUCUGAGACCAAUGACAUAUCAAAACAAGUGAUCUACUGUGAACCCACCCACCACUGAGGGAGAGAACAACUAUUUAAAGUCUUACUUCAGAAGUGACCCCAAAUGUCUAGUUCCUGGGGAGCAGCAAUCCUGAAAUUGUAGCAAGCAGAACCUGUGAAAAGCCAACUCGGAGGUGGGAGAGCUCUCUAGGUUCCUUGGGAAGGCCCCUUGGGCUACCUACUUUCCUACCCCAUUGUUAGGUCGAUUUCAGUUCCAUUUGGGGGAUGGUUUUUCCCUGUUUCAGCAUCCACACUGGCCACAUACAUAAAAGGACUAUCAUAGACUAUGUCAUUCUUGGAUUUUCUCUGGAUUAUCUACUUAUGGAAUGCUGAGGGCCCACACGAUGCUGUACAAUUUGAAGACAGUUCCUUUCAGCCCAUUGUGCCUGUUUCUUUGAUUGUAGUCACUACUAUACCCAUAAUUCUUCCCCAGGACUAGCUUCUCUAGACUUUUAUUUUUAA